AUGAUCGCGGUUUUCACCGAGCGGGUUGUCACUUCUCCCUGCUACCAACCCCUCCCCUCCCCCCUCUUCCCGCUUUUGCGAUCCAAUCCCUUCCCAUCCAUCAACUCGUUGAUCGGAGGGUUUGAAUUCGACAUGCUGGCCCGUACCCUCCUGCGCGUGCCCUCCCGGGCCAUCGCACGCCAAUCGCUCGGCAAGUCUACGCGUGCUUCUUCCACCGCCGCCGGUGCCGAGGCCGCUAGCUCCCCCUUCCACCUCACCCUCACUGCCUCGCUCGCAACCGCCGCGGCUGCCGGUUCCGCCGCAUGGUACUACCAUCUCUAUGGCCAGGAGGCCUUCGCUAUGACACCUGCUGAGGAGGGUCUUCACGCUACUCAGUACCCCUGGGUGCACCAGCGCUUCAACAAGACUUUCGACCACGCUGCUCUCCGCCGUGGUUUCCAGGUCUACCGUGAGGUCUGCGCUUCUUGCCACUCCCUGACCCGUGUUCCCUGGCGCUCAAUGGUCGGUGUCAUGCACACUGUUGAUGAGAUGAAGGCCAUGGCCGAGGAGAACGAGUACGACACUGAGCCCAACAACGAGGGCGAGAUCGAGAAGCGUCCCGGAAAGCUUUCCGACUACAUCCCUCCCCCCUACAAGAACGACGAGGCUGCUCGUGCUUCCAACGGCGGUGCUCUGCCCCCGGAUCUCAGCUUGAUCAUCAAGGGCCGUCACGGUGGUUGCAACUACGUCUUCAACCUGUUGACCGGUUACCCCGAUGAGGCUCCCGCCGGUGCCAGCGUUGCCGAGGGCAUGAACUUCAACCCCUACUUCCCCGGUACCGGUAUUGCUAUGGGUCGUGUUCUGUUCGACGGUGUUGUCGAGUACGAGGACGGCACUCCCGCUACCACCUCUCAGAUGGCCAAGGAUGUUACCGAGUUCCUGAACUGGGCCGCCGAGCCCGAGAUGGACGACCGCAAGAAGAUGGGUGUCAAGGCCAUUGUUCUCCUGACUGGUCUGACCGCCAUCAGCAUCUGGGUCAAGCGCUACAAGUGGGCCCCGAUCAAGUCUCGCAAGAUCGUGUACAGCCCUCCUAUCGCCCCCCGCCGUUAA